AGAGAGAGAGAGGGAGAGUUGGUUGUGAGCAAAAAAACACACUGGUGAGAACCAUAUACUGGUUAGAACAGGGAAGCAGGAGCGCGGCACGGGGACCCGCCGGAAGAAGCAGCAGCAGCAGCAGCAGCUAUAGCGCGCACUGGACGCACACCGACCAUCCACCGACAGCACGAGCGACACGGAGGCGCACAGCGGGGCGGAGAGGAGGAGGAGGAACCUGCACGGCGACUCGUUCGUCUCUCCCUCUCUCUCGCCGCUCCCCUCACCCUUCGUUCCUCUCGGACCGUCGCCGCUUCCUCGUUAAGAUGGCUGACCCCGGCAGCGACGGAGAGGUACCGGAGAGCGCGCGCGGCUUCGCCCGGCAGGGAGCCCUCCGCCAGAAGAAUGUGCACGAGGUGAAGAACCACAAGUUCAUCGCGCGCUUCUUCAAGCAGCCCACCUUCUGCAGCCACUGCACGGACUUCAUCUGGGGCUUUGGGAAGCAGGGAUUCCAGUGCCAAGUGUGCUGUUUUGUGGUCCAUAAGCGCUGUCAUGAAUUUGUCACCUUCUCCUGUCCGGGGGCCGACAAGGGACCGGCAUCCGAUGAUCCUCGUAGUAAACACAAGUUUAAGGUCCAUACCUACUCCAGCCCGACUUUCUGUGACCACUGCGGCUCGCUCCUCUACGGGCUGAUACACCAGGGCAUGAAAUGCGACCACUGUUUGAUGAACAUCCACAAGCGGUGUGUGGCCAACGUCCCGAGCCUGUGUGGGACAGAUCACACGGAGAGGAGAGGACGCCUUCAGAUCACUGCCCAGAUCGCUGACGAAACUCUCACCGUCACCAUCAGAGAGGCGAGGAACCUGGUGCCCAUGGACCCCAACGGCCUGUCAGACCCCUACGUCAAGCUCAAGCUGAUCCCAGAUCCCAAGAGUGAGAGCAAGCAGAAGACCAAGACCAUCAAAUGUUGCCUCAACCCUACCUGGAAUGAGACCUUCACUUUCAAACUAAAAGACAGCGACAAAGACCGCCGUCUGUCAGUGGAGAUCUGGGACUGGGACCUGACCAGCAGGAACGACUUCAUGGGAUCCCUGUCCUUUGGGAUCUCAGAGCUACAGAAACAAGGGGUAGAUGGAUGGUUCAAGAUGCUGUCCCAGGAGGAAGGAGAGUAUUUUAAUGUUCCCGUCCAGCCAGACGGAGAAGACGGUAACGAGGAGCUACGACAAAAGUUUGAGAGGGCGAGGGUAGGUCCAGGGAAGUCCACAGACUCUUCUUCCUCCUCCUCGGUGUGCAAGUACGACAGCAAUGGCAACCAGGACCGGGUCAAGCUCUCAGACUUCAACUUCAUCAUGGUUUUGGGCAAGGGCAGCUUUGGCAAGGUGAUGCUGGCUGAGAGGAAGGGCACAGAUGAGUUGUACGCCGUCAAAAUCCUGAAGAAGGACGUGGUGAUCCAGGACGACGAUGUGGAGUGCACCAUGGUGGAGAAGAGAGUCCUCGCUCUGGCUGGAAAACCUCCUUUCCUCACUCAGCUGCACUCCUGCUUCCAGACGAUGGACCGUUUGUAUUUUGUCAUGGAGUAUAUCAAUGGAGGAGACCUUAUGUACCAGAUCCAACAGGUCGGCAAAUUCAAGGAGCCGCAUGCUGUGUUCUAUGCUGCAGAGAUUGCCAUUGGACUUUUCUUCCUCCACUCCAAAGGCAUCGUGUAUCGGGAUCUGAAGCUGGACAACGUUAUGCUGGACGCUGAAGGCCAUAUAAAGAUAGCCGACUUUGGCAUGUGCAAAGAGAACAUGUACGAUGGAAUAACCACAAAGACCUUUUGCGGGACUCCAGACUACAUCGCUCCAGAGAUCAUAGCUUAUCAGCCUUACGGAAGGUCUGUGGACUGGUGGGCAUUCGGAGUACUACUCUAUGAAAUGCUUGCUGGACAGCCGCCUUUUGACGGAGAAGAUGAAGAUGAGCUGUUCCAGUCCAUCAUGGAGCAUCACGUCUCCUACCCUAAAUCCAUGUCCAAAGAAGCUGUUGCUAUCUGCAAGGGGCUGAUGACAAAGCACCCGGGUAAGCGUCUGGGCUGCGGUCCAGAGGGCGAGAGAGACAUCAAGGAGCACGCCUUCUUCCGCUAUAUAGACUGGGAAAAACUGGAGAAUAUGGAGGUCCAGCCGCCUUUCAAACCAAAAGCUAAGUCUCGCCGGGACGUUGGCAACUUCGAUAAGGAGUUCACUAAAAUGGCGGUGGAGCUGACACCCACAGACAAGCUCUUCAUUAUGAAUCUGGACCAGAUGGAGUUUCAAGGCUUCUCCUACACCAACCCCGAAUUCAUCAUUCAAGUCUGAUGACUUCCUGUUGGUUAGACGCAGCCAGAACAUGACUUUACUCCAACCCGUACAGCUCAGUUACAUCCAUCAAGGACUCAUCCUGCAUCUCUUCCCACUGAAGUCUCAUUUACAUCGUCAAACCUACCAGCAUCUAAAUCAGACAAUAAUGAUAAACAACCACACUGGCUUUAUCUGCUGGUGGCUCGCACUUACUGGGACUACGUUUGACCAGUCACCAUGUGGUCCAACAGGCCAGUGUGCGGAACACUUCAGGCAUGUGUAGUAUUCACAGGAGCCAGUGGUGAGCAGGUCAAUACAAAGAUCAUAGAGUGAAUGUGUAACUGUGUGAACAUGCUCUUAUCGAUCAGCAACUGUGUGUGUUUGUUUACUUGAUUUCUUCUCCGACCUGUAAAAGUUAUGUCAUAAACAUUCCAUGAUCAAUAUGCCAUGUAUGUGCUCACACACAUACACACAUACACACAUGCACACACACACACACACACACACACACACACACACACACACACACACACACACACACACACACACACACACACACACGCGCGUACAAACGCACACACACUUGCACACAUCUGCAGGCAGUGGUUUGGAGAGAAGGAAGGUCUUUGAAAGUCCUGAUUUAUGACCUCAUGUCUAAGUUAGUCCUGAACUUAGUCUUAAGCACGUCUCGUCUUCCGAAUUGAUGCAAAAAAAUAAGAAACCCCAGCCCCGAUGCCUGUUUGGCAGAGAUAUUUAAAAGUGUCUUUUCUCUUGCUUAAUCUCUCUCUUUUCUCUAUGGCACUGUGUGCGCAGUGGGUUAGUGCUGUGUAGGCCUAUACAGUCUUUGUGGUGCUGCUCCUCUAUGCAUGCCAUAAUUGUUGGUACAGUAGUUCCCUUAAGUUUAUGUUAGACAUCAACGAGGAAGCGAAUACCUCUGGUGUCUUGAUUUUAUCGAUGCAAGUCAGUUUUGAAGUACCCAUGCUCAAAUGUGAGUUUCCUCUCAGAAUGCUGUUUCUCUAAUAAUGUUGACAUAUGCUAAAGAGUUUGCUUUACAAAGCAGCAGACAUUGUUUUGCUGUCCUUGACAAGAAAAUAUGAGAUUAUGUGAAAUGAAUAUAUAAAGUAGAUGUAAUAUGUAUGACUUGUGUUUCAGUGUAUGUGUAAAUAAGAAUGAAUCUAUGGCUAGAAAAGGUUUUCAUGUUCUAAAACACUUCAAUACUAUUCUUCAUAUCUCCCUUUCUCUCUGCUCUUCCUCCCUGCCAACACUCAGCUGUCACUUUUACUUUCCCUAUUUUUAUAUCUCCCCUUCUCCUCCUCUUCCUCUCUUGUCCCCAACUCACGUUUUUAUCAGUGCAAUUUGAAGGAACUGGAGAAUUAGGGAAAUAAGACAAGAGGGAGAGGGGGAACAGAGGGGAGAAUAAAGUGUUUACUAUGCAAAAGGCAGGCGAAGAAGAAGUAGAGAAGGAGAAGAGGGCAACUUUUAUAAAGUAACCUGAAGAAAUUGUGUAACCGCAGGACAGUAUACAUGUGUUGCAUGCGCCGUCUUAACCCUACGUGUGAGAGACGCGUAAAGUAUGAUACCUACAUUAAAGUGAACUAUCAUAACAUUUCAGUAA